GCCAGCUCAGGUGUGUAUGUGUCUGUGGGUGUGUGUGUGAGUGUGGCUGUUCCCAGUACCUGGCCAAGCCCACCACCUCCACCUGGGCCCUACACCCCCACCAUGUGUGCCCCUGUUAUCUACCCUGGAGCCUAUACAGCUAUGCCACGCUGCCCCUGAGAGCUCUAGAAAGCUGGUCACUAACUUUGCAGACGGAUGAGCCCUGAACACCCAGAGGAGACUGGGGCUGUCAAUGCUGCCCCUUGUCCUGCCGGCUUGGAUGCCCUGACAGGGUCCUUCUAGCCCCCGGCAACCAGCAUUCUACUUUCUGUUUCUACGAAUUAGAUGACUUUAAAUACCUCACGCUUCAGACUGGAACCCUGACCAUGGAACCCUGAAGUGGCAGUGACUUCUAAAGCUCAGUGGCAGACCCCGCGACCCCAGGCCCUUCCUCCCCCUCCCACAACAAGCUUUCAAGCUCCCAGAGGGAGGGGUGGGGAGGGGAUCCUGAUCUCACCGGGCAGGAGGCUUCCAUCAUGAUGCUCAACUCAGACACCAUGGAGCUGGACCUGCCGCCCACUCACUCGGAGACUGAGUCGGGCUUCAGCGACUGUGGGGGCGGGGCGGGCCCUGACGGGGCCGGGCCUGGGGGUCCGGGAGGGGGCCAGACCCGAGGCCCAGAGCCGGGAGAGCCUGGCCGGAAAGACCUGCAGCAUCUGAGCCGGGAGGAGCGCCGGCGCCGGCGCCGCGCCACAGCCAAGUACCGCACGGCCCACGCCACGCGGGAGCGCAUCCGCGUGGAAGCCUUCAACCUGGCCUUUGCCGAGCUGCGCAAGCUGCUGCCCACGCUGCCCCCCGACAAGAAGCUCUCCAAGAUUGAGAUCCUGCGCCUUGCCAUCUGCUACAUCUCCUACCUGAACCACGUGCUGGACGUCUGAGCUCGGCCUGUCUCCCACCUUCCCGGGCCUCUCUGGAGCCCUUCUCACCGCUCACUGCUUAGAAUGGCCGCCUCCUCCCCGAGCCCUUACACCUUGGCAUGGAGUCCCAAAGGCCCUGGGCCCAGGCAGAGAGCCCAGCGGCUGGUCGAGAGGGCAUCUUUCUUUCACUGACCCAGGCACCUCGAGGGCUAUUCUGGGUUCCUUCCCGGGUUUAUUGCUGGGGCCCAGCUGUGCAGAAUUGUUCGCUAGUGUGGUUGGUAUGGAAUCCUUGCUGGUUUUACUAAGUCCGCCGCCCUUGGAGUCUGCCCCCAAGCUCUCUCACGGAAUGCUGCCCCUUCUACCCCUAUGUCCAGAUUUUCAGCGACCGCAGACCCCAGCUGUGUAAUCCCAUCAGUUCUACCUUCUCCUGCCCCUGGUGGGGAUGGGCUGUCAGAACUGCAAGGGAGGAAGGUUGGGGUUAGAGUGGGGAGUGGGCUUCUUUCUCCAAGAUCUCAGUCUCUCAGUGCUUGGCAGAGGGAUGGGGCCCUGGGGAAGCAGGGUUGGUGCCCGGACUCCUGUGAGGGGCAUCUCAGUCGCUGGGAAUGACGGAAAAGCUCUUCCUGUGGCUGUCCGUCGUGUUCCUGUGGCUUAGCACAUACAGACCUCAGAUCUUACUUGGUAGUGAGUGCCUUGCCCUCUCUGAGCUAUUUGCCCUCACUUCCCUGCCCACUGACUCCUACUGUCCCAAUCUUCUCCCUUCCUGUGUGUCACUAGAGAACGGAAAACCUAGAUCCUGGAUUAGGGGAUGACAUCCCACACAGCCCAGGCAGCGAGUGGGCCACGUCUCAUUUCUACUUCCUCCGUCUCAGCCCACCCUGGAAACGUGCAGCAGCCUCAGUGUUCCUCCCCCAGAUGCAAGGAGCAUGCCCAGUUGUUGCCCUCUGGGAAUGCUCAGUUCUCCUGGCCCUAGGACCUACUUAUUAUAUAUAUUUUUCUCUUUCCUUGAACUGCCUUUGUCAAGGGAAGAGAUCCCCCAACUCUGUGCUCCCACUCCAUAUUGCUGAUCCCCCACCUGCACACCAUAGCCCAGGGUCGGCAGUAGCAUGAAGGGCCUUAGAACCUGCGUAGAAGAAAUGAACUCACUGAAUUUCUGUGCAACCUCCUCCCUCGAACCAAACUCUUAGUUCUACAAGUAUAUUUAUUUAUUUAUUCAUCUAUUUAUUUAUUUACUUACUUAUUUAUUUAUUUAUUUAUUUAUAAAUAUUGCUAUUUAUUGCUGAGUUGUGCACUUUGGGGUAGAGUGAGGGGCUCCCAGCAGCUCUAGCUGGGUCUCUCUUGCUUCCUCCCUGCUUCCUUCUCCCCUUUUCUUCCUCGUCUUCAGCUCCUGGUAUGUGUGAGCGUGCCCUUUGCUUGCCACACCGUAUCUUUUCCCCAGAUUCACCUGUCCCUCCGGAAUAGUGCUCCUCCCCCAGCUCUGGGGCUCCUGGAUGUCCUUCCUCUACUGCCUCCACCCCCAGACAAUCCCACCCGGUCCCAUCUGCCUCUUUUCUCUCCCCGGCCUGCCCUGUGACCCUUGCUUCUUCCUGAUACUCCCAAGAGCAGGCCCCAGGGGUCUGUGUCCUGUGUCCAUGUGUGAUUCCUUCCAGUUUCAUUCCCAAUUUCAUACAGAAAGAGAAAUUAAAGUGACCUCGUUCUA